UUUCAGCUUCAGUUUAAUCGUAUGCAUCCUGUAGUCAAGAACGCUGCAUCAUGUCUGGWUGUAAAAACAUAGAUUUGUCUUUUCUGCAAUCAAUGAUUGACAAGACCGAACCUGGAGUGAAAAUUAAUUCGUAUGAAAUAGCAUUGGGAUCAAAACGAGGUGAUAACUAUACAUCGAUGUUGUACAGAAUUAAACUAUAUGGUGACGACGGAUGGUCAAAAUCUCUGUUCUACAAGUGUUUGCCCGAUAACAGACAGGCGAGAAAUACGUAUAAAUCUGAGUUACUAUUUAACAACGAAGUGACAUUCUAUACAAAAUCUUGUACAGCAUUGAUGGAAUAUCAAGACCUCAAACAAUUGGACGAAACUUUUAACAGUGUGCCGAAAUGUUAUUUGGCCCAGAGCGAUAUCGUUAUAUUGGAAGACAUGCAAUUUAAAGGAUUCACCAUGUUAGACAGAAUGAAGGGUCUUGAUUUUAAUCACUGUAGAGCCAUACUUAGAGUCUUGGGUAAAUUCCACGCGUUGUCGCUGUCCAUGAAAGUCGAYCAGCCAGAAAAGUUUAAAGAAUGCAUUUCGGACGCAAUAAAAGAAGUUUACUAUAAGAGUGAAAACGAAUUGUGGUAUAAAGGAUAUUACAGACGAGCCGCAGAGAACGCAGAGAAAAUGCUGGAAACUGAAUUGACUGAGGACGAGAAACCAAAAUAUUUGGAUAAAUUUCGAAAAUUUGUCAACCAUGAAUCGUUCUUUGGGUAUAUGGUGGGACUAGUGUCACCUAAGGAAUCGCUAUCAGUACUCUGCCACGGUGACUGUUGGACGAACAAUUUUUUGUUUCAGUACGCUCAAGAUGGGAGCAUAUCUGAAGUGUCUAUAGUAGACUUUCAGUUGGCUAGAUAUGGCUCCCCGGCAUUGGACUUGGUCAGUCUUUUGUAUUGCUGUACCAACGUAGAGUUAAGGAAGCAGUAUUUACCUGAACUGUUGGAAGAAUAUUACGAUUCAAUCGUCAGUGUUCUAACACAAACAGAUUGCUUGAACCAUUAUCCUGAUAUUCGACAAAAGUUAUACGAAGAAGUGCGUGAAUACAAUGUGUUUGGUCUAGGAGUAGCCCUAGAUAUGAUACCGAUCAUUACAUGUGACUCGGAGUCGGCUCCAGACAUGUAUACGGAAGAUACGAUCAACAUUGACGACGAAUCCAGCAAGGAACCUUACCCGGUCAUGACUACAAGCAACUUAUGUCGCCGAAUGAUUGCUGACUUGGUCAAAGAACUCGUGGACAACGGAUGUUUAACAUAACAGGUUGAGUUAAUAAAGUUGAUGCGAUGUAUGAUUAUCAUUUAAUGAUAUACAUAGCCGUAUUAAGAUGGUUUUUUUUUUAAUUUGUGAUUAUUAUUUUUAUUCUAUUAUAUCAUUGUCAUUUAAUCAUAUUAUUCGGUAUUCCAUACGUGAUAACUGUUAUUUACUUUUGAAGUAUUAUACGGAUUU